GUCGCGCGACGCACAGCUCUCUCUCUCUGUCUCUGCUAUUUAACUUUUAUUGUUACAACGAAAAAAUAUUCCAGCCGCGCACACCUCUCUCGAACCGGCGCGCUCUUAUCGUACGACGCACGAGUUCGCUUAUCGACAGGAGAGAAAUAACCUUAUCGCCGAUUUGUAAAUUUAUUAACAAAGGGUAAAAAUAUUGCAAAAUCAACGGGCACAACGUGAAGCGAUCGCUCUUCCAACAGCAGCAGCGACCGUGACUACGCACAACGAAGAAUCGUAUAAAUAGUGAUCGUCGAUCAUGUGAGAAUCGUUAAAUAAGUGUCACCGCAGUGUGUGUGUGCCGUGCAUAGUUUCUGUGCUGCUGCCGCGCGUGUGACAAGAAAAAAGAGGAAGAAGAAGAAGAAGAAAAAAAUGCCCCACGGCCGAGUGCACAACAACGACGAGGAAGAAGCAGCAGCAGCAACAGCAGUAGCAGCGAGAAAAACGAUGAGGAGCAGCGAAUGCCAAUACUACUACCGCUACUGCAACUAUCACUGCGACGAAGCGUGAACGAUAAGUUCAAAAAAUGAGAAAACGAAGAGCAGCAGCAGCAGCAGCAGCGACGACGACUUGGCCAAGACUAUGGCCGGUGCUGGUCUGCAUCGUCGCGCUGGAAAUGACGGCCACGGGCCGCGCCGCGCUGGCCCAGACCAAGUGCAUCGCGGCCCCCUGCACCUGCGACGAGUUCGGCCGGCUGCUGUGCGAUUGCAAGGAUUCGCCACAGGAACUGUACCUGACGUCGGAAGGCGAGCAUCCCCUGGCCAGGCACACGAGUCGCAUCAACGUCACCAACUGCCCGAACGUCGUGCUGGCCAACAAUAGCCUGGCCCACAUGGACGGCCUCGUCUCGAUCGAUCUCAUCAACGUGGCCAAUCUCACCCUCCUCAGUCACAGCUUGAAACUGUCGCCCAAGGCCACGCACGUCCUCGUCGCCGUGCGCAACUCGAGCUUGGCCGAGCUACCGAGCAAUCUGUUCCACGGCAACAUCGAGACCAUCGACCUGGAGAACGUCCACGUGGACGACGUCAUGUCGUUCGCGUUCGCCAAUCUGUACGAGACGCAGCGCAUCAGCCUGACCAAUUGCCAUCUGGCGCGCAUCGAGCAGCAGGCCUUCAAGAAGUUCGACGUCAAGUAUCUGCACGUCGUCGGGGGCACCUUCGGCUCGGAGCAGGUGCUCAGCAGGACGAUGCACGACGUCGAGGUCUACGAGAAGUUCAUGCUGAGCGGGGUGCGCAUGGGCCAGGUGCACAGCUCGGCCUUCAUCGUGCGCAAGCCCCUCAACUUCAUGCUCGUCAACAGCCACGUGGACAGCCUCGAGUCCGAGGCCUUCGACGUCACGAUCCGGCGGACCGUCCACAUCAAGAACAACACCCUCGGCAGCGUGGCUUUCGGCGCCUUCCUGUCGAUCCGCGCCGAUCCGGAGAACAAGCCGAGCGGCGGCGCCUCGAGCCUCCACAAGCUCACCUUCGGCAACAACAGCCUCGGCGACUUCGAGGAGGGCUCGCUGAUAUUCGACCGGACGAGCUUUCACACGGAGCUCAGCAACGUGCUGGUGAAUCAGAGCUGCGACUGCGAGCGGCUCGCCACCUGGAAGGGCCAGAUCCUCAACUACACCAACGCCCACGCCCGGCGGAUCACCUUCCUCGACAGCACCAACAUAGUGGCGCCUCCCUUCGCUCUGGAGUCCGGCUCGGAGGACCCCGAGACGUUUCUCUGCGUCGAGGACUGGGAGAGCGGCCAGCGGGCCAGCUUCGUCGACUACGAGCUGCGCAAGUGCGCCCUGAGCGGCUCGAUGCUGCUGCUCAUCUCGGCGGUGUCGGGCCUGCUGCUGCUGCUGCUGAUAGUCGGCUGCGCGACGGUCUACUGCUGCAAGCGGCGCGGCGGUCGCGAGGACCAGCAGAAGCAGCGCUGGAUCAGCGUGCCGACCACGGCGCCGGACGUCGUCGGCAAGGACGCCAGCCAAGCUGUUGGUGGUGGUGGUGGUGGUGCGAGCAACGGCCAUCAUCAUCGUCACCCGAAGGAAGCUCUGAGCGGCCAGCAAAGUGGCGGCGGGGGCCCCGUCGACAGCCGCAUCACCAUGGUCGUGCCCGACGGCCGACUGUAUCGCGAGACCGAGUUCCACGUGAUCGUGGAGAAGGCCGAGCCCCUCACCACGGAAUUGUAACGAGAAGCGUCGCGUGCCAGCACGUUGGGCCACGCGGGAAGCCGUCGUACGGUGACUGCUGCCCACCAACACCACACCGGCACGCGACAAAGAAAUUCGGUCGACCGACAAUUGAGGCAGCAGCGACAGCGUCAGCAUCAGCAGGGCGGCUCUACUCUACUCUUUCAGCAGCAGCAGCAGCAGCAGCAGCAGCAGCAGCAGCAGCAGCAGCAGCAGCAGCAGCAGCAGAUGCAGAUACAGCAACUGCAGCAUCAGAUGUCCGUCGAGGACGCCAACGUUGUUGACGCGGCCAAAAUUUACAGACUGUGACACGAGGCAACGAGCUGCUGAAUCGCCGCCGACGAUCGCGAGUACCACUACUGCUCGACAAAGUAUAAUAAUAAUAAUAAUGUAAACGAGAAGGAAAGUAGAGUUUAAGCGACAAGUGACCAAAGCCCAUGAAUGCGUGAGUUGUGAAUAUUAUACAUAUUAAAUAUAAUAAUUGAAUACGAUAAUUGUACGUUGGAGUAAAAGAUAUUUUUUUCGCUCGACGAUAUGUGUGAGACUGAGAGAGAGUUAUAUGUGCGGAUUAUUAAAGAAGUAAUGCUAACAAUGUGUGCGUGCGCGUGCGCGUCUUUUCAGGUGCGGGAUUUUGUGUACGAUAAUCCAAGAAGACAAUUUUUUGUAAUGUACGUUUAAAAACGAAA